AUGAGUUAUAGAACACCUUUGCCUGGACAAUUCACCACCUUACUUAUGAUUGCAGAAAUCGCUACUUCUCGCAAGCGCCUGUGGGACCUGAUGGAAUGGGUCAAACAGCACAAGCUACCACCCUGUGAGGCUAUUUGCAAUGGCGACCAGCCUUGCCAUGAUAUGGAUGACCUUUGGGAUGCCCUUCAUGGCACAUACAACUUGGCCUCUGGUUGCAAGUAUGACGCCUCAGUCUUAGACGAGCUUCCUGACGAGCCGGUCCGGGUGUUCCAACUCCUCUGCACCAGGACCAGACCAUGUUACGUCAGGGUGGGGCACUGGCCAUGUAUAUUCAAGGAGUCGCUGUUGGUUAUCGUACCGAAGCCGAACAAGCCCUCCUAUGCAGUGCCGAAGGCUUUCAGGCUGAUCAUACUCCUCAUCACUUUUGGUAAACUUAUCGAAAAGAUGAUUGCCAACAGGAUACAGUUUGACACUGUCAAACAUGAUAUCUUUCAUCCAAACCAACUUGGCGGUAUUCGCCAGAGGUCAACUGAGGAUGCUGGAUUGAUUCUGACUCAUCUCGUGCGAGCGGGGUGGGUCAAGGGUCUCCAGACUAGUGCGCUGGCUUUUGACAUCACACAGUUCUUCCCUUCUAUCAACCAUGAAAUGUUCAUGGCUGCCCUUUGCAAGCAAGGGUUUUUGCCAAUAUUGGUGGAGUUCUUUGCUUCUUACCUUGUUGGGCGCUCCACAGUCUACUGUUGGAACACCUUCCAAUCCAACUUGUGGUCUGCGGACAUGGGUGUCGGGCAGGGCUCAGCCCUCUCACCUGUUAUCUCAGGGCUCUUCAUUGCUCUGGUGAUGAAGCUCUUCUAUAUCAAAGCGGCGCCACUCAACACAACACUACUCUCCUUUGUUGAUGAUGGGACCAUUCUGGCCCAGUCCAAACAACUCAAUGAUAAUAAUGUGGGCCUGCAUAAGGCCUAUAAAAUUAUCUACCUUUUAUUCAUUGCAUUUGCACUCGUUCUUGAACAUGACAAGACCGAGCUGUUUCACUUUUCUCAUCGAUGCAACACAUAUAAUCCCUCACUGGAUUUGGGGUAUGCUCCACAUACAGGCACCACACCUUUGAAGCCCAAGACCUAUUGGAGGUACUUGGGCUUCUACUUCGACUGCGGGCUCACUUUUCACAAGCAUGUUUGCUAUUACGCCACCAAGGCAUUCACCACUGUGCAGGCCAUGUGCAUGCUUGGAAACUCUACCAGGGGUCUUUCACCUAAGCAGCGACACCUCUUGUAUAGAUCAUGCGUGGUCUCUAUUGCCAUGUACGGUUAUCAUCUCUGGUACUUUGAUGGUGCCCGCAACAAGGGCACCAUGAACCAGCUUAAACGGAUGCAGCAAAAAGCUGCUCUAUGGAUCAUGGGUGCCUUCCGCACCUCACCUACAGGCGGUCUUGAGGCUUUGGCAGGUCUCAUCCCCAUCCACCUUGUGCUGAAGAAGUUGGCAAUGUGCGCAGUGUACCACGUCACCACCCUCUUUGCUCCAUGA